AUGUCUCGAUCACUUCGGACGCGUCCUAUGACGCUAUAUGCUCAGGAUGGUCAGCAACCCGUGAUCCCACCUGUGCCCGCUGCUGCUGGUGCCUCGUCAGCAUACCCCAGCGAUGCCCCAUACGCACAGCAACAGAGCGCUCUGCGGCAUUCUCGCUACGAUGCCAGUUCCGGUGCCCCCGAAUCCUCUUCCAGCGGCAUGCUCAAAAAGUCCAGAUCCAAGGCGUCGCAAGUUGGCAGCAACCUGAAAAAGCGCCUCUCGAUGCGCUAUGCCGAACCAACUCAACUCGGCCCAGGGGGCUUCAGCGCCAUCCCCGCUGUUCCCUCUCUUCCGCCGAUGCCGCAAAUCCACAUUGACGACCGCCCUCAUCAUGACAUUGAUGACCGUUACCUGCCUGCCAUCGGCGAAUCCUCGCAGGACGCCGCCUACGAUCCAGACGACAACGAGCUGAACGCGAUCCGCAAGUCGUCCGAUACCCAGCGCACGCGCACCGACGUGUUUGAAGGCGACCCCGCCGUCGAUCUGCAGAUGCUCACUCAGUCCGACUUUGAUCCGCAGGCCUACUUGCGCGCCAAGCUAUCGCACCACUCCGAGUCGAGCCUGCGCACGUUCAAGUCGUCGCUUGCUGCAGCCAAGCAAGCGGCCAAUGACGAUCUCAAACGCCAGGUGUUUAAAAACUACUCGGAGUUCAUCACCAUCAGUAAGGAGAUUGCGACGCUAGAGAACGACAUGCUCGAACUCAAGGAGCUGCUUUCGGAAUGGAAACAACUGCCUCAGGCGCUCGAGCUCGACGACUCUUCCACGACUGCUUCCUUUUCCGACUCGUUCUCGCGCGCAAAGGCGUCCGGAAAGGCGAACCGCAACAGCACUAUGGAUCUGCAGCAGAUCUACCGUGCGCAGAUCACCUCACUCUGGGAAGGCAUCGAAGGCUCGCAAAAGUUCUUGCCCUAUGUUCCCGGUCGACACCUCAUCGCAGAAGCCAGCAGUUUCACCGAGCUCAACGCGGCGACCUACAAGCCACAGCACAGCGUCGCUCUUUUUUUGCUAGAUGACCUCUUACUCAUUGCCACACGCAGGAAACGCCAGAUGAGCAGCAAAGUGCGGCUGGUCGCAGAGAGGUGUUUCAGUCUCGCCGAGAUCGUUGUCAUCGACCUCAAGGAUGGAGGCGAUUUGACGAAUGCGAUCAAGAUCAAGCGGGCGAGGGAGACGCACGUCUACCGCACCGAUCGCGCCGAAGACAAACGCGCGCUUCUGAAUGCGUUUCGUCGUGUGGCGGAGGAGCUGGCGAAAAAGCGCAGGAACGAGUCCGAGUACGGCGCGGCGGCUGCAGAAGCUCGCAAACGCGAGUCAACGCUGCUGUCUUCGCCCCCGAUCGCUCCACAUCAGUUUGAUGCGCUUCGUCUUGGACACAGUGCCGCUGGACGGCUGAAUGACGGCGGCCUAUUGACGCCGAUUGGAGAAGAUCGAGAUCCGAUGCAAGGUGACAGAGCCGGAGGAGUGAUGGCGGCAGCAGCGGCGUCGGCAGCGUCAGAGCGCAAGGAUCCCGGGCGGUGGAACAGCGAUUUCGCCGACGAGCUUUCGGUGUGCAUCGCGCUGCGCGAAUGGGACCAGGCCGUCACGCUGAUCGAAAAGGGACGUGCGGUGCUGUCGACCUACACAUCCACCAGCGACGCUGCCUCGCUCGAUCUCUCGGCCAAACUCGCCGCGCGCACUUCCGAGCUGGUCGCAGCCAUCUCCUCGGACUUUGUGCGCCAGCAUCUCAAGAAGUCGCUCGUGGUCGCCAACGCCUCAUACCUGUUGCGGCUCGACCAAGGCGAAAAGGCGCGGCAACUGUUCCUGGACGCACGCACCGAGCUGCUCAAGAAGCGCACACGCCAGAUUGCGUUCGAAGGCGACACCGCGUUCUACAUCAGCGAGCUGGGUAUGGUGCAUUUCACCUUGAUCAAGAAUACGUCCGAGUGGUACAUGUCGGCAUUCAAGGACGGGCGCAUGGCCAGCGGGUUUGUGCAGUGGGCGUGGGAGCGCGUGGUCGAGUUUGCCGAGCUGUUUCGGCGCCAGGUGUACGGCGUGGAGGGGGACAAGGAGGAGGGUAGCGGUGGGGCAGCGGGAGGGGGCAUGGUCGAGGAGGUGCGCGAAAUCAGUCUGCGCUUGGCGAGCCAGCUGAACGAGGUCGGGCUGGAUUUCAGCUUCUUGUUGGAGGAGCUGCUGCAGGCUCAACCGGCCAACGUGGAUGUACAGUUCGACGACGACGGUGCAGAGGCAACUGUUCCGAAGCUGGUGCUGACCAGGUCGAGUAGCAUCGUCGGUGACCUGCAGCCGGACCGAGCACAGAUCACUUCGGCUCAGGAACUGCGUCGACAGAGCGUCUUGCAUCUCAACUAA